GACUGUCUCUCUGUUGCAUACCAUGCGACUCCAGAGGGAAAAUGGCUAUGGAAGAAUUCAACACCUUUAUCAAAAGCCAAGUCGAUGACAUUGACUCCAUAGAAGCCUAUGUGAACAUCAAGCGGUUUGCCAAAGUCACAGAGAAAAAAGUCCUGGACUACCUUGAGGAUGAAGUCGGCAUACUGGAUAAAUAUGCUAUAUCCGAAAUUGCGUCUGAAUAUAAAAAAUCUGUGGACGUCAUCCAGGAUAUAGGUUUUAAGGAGGUCCAGCUUCUUCACAUCAUUGGACUCCAUUUCCAGCGACUCAAAGAAAAGCUCAAGGUUAUCGUCCAGGACUCAAAACAACGGAGGUGUCCAAAUAAACAAGGUGCAGACAGCUGUGGAUUAAUGGUGCAAACCUACACCAACUGUAAGACCUGCUCCGAGGAGAAGGUUGUCUGCGCCGGGGGCCCUCCAAAAAAUCAAGAUCUGAAAACUGGACGGUCCUGCUCUCCAUGUAAAGAUCACAAGUCUCACCUGGCAGAGACUGUAAACUGUGGAGAGAUAAAUAUAAAAAUCCCAGAAUAUGAAGAACUAAUUCUGGACUGUACUUUUGAAUGGUACGCGAGGCUGGAGGAAACCUAUAACAACGUGUUCAUCCUGCAAAUUAUCAUCAGUAAUUUUCUCAAUUUUUGUUUUAAUGAUAUGGCUUAG